UAACGGUUUAGUAGCCAGCCACUAGCUCGUCGAAAACGCAAAGGCAAAGGCAUCAACUUUACAGAGCAGAGAUCAUCACUGCGUACCAAAUCAUUGAAAGCUUUCAUCUUCUCUCAUCUCUCGGUGAAAUCGAGAACCGGGCCCACUCUGACACAGAUGUUGGCUUGACGACCUCAUCUCGCCGCGAUCUUUUGCCUCUCUUCCUUUUAACACGAGAUUUGUUUUUCCACGCUGUUCUGGUGAAUUGAUGCGACCUUAAGCUUUGUUUCGUAGAGUAAGGUAGGGAUGUCGACUCCAGCAAGGAAGAGGUUGAUGAGGGAUUUCAAGAGGUUGCAGCAAGACCCACCUGCGGGUAUAAGCGGUGCUCCACAAGACAACAACAUCAUGCUCUGGAAUGCCGUCAUUUUCGGGCCUGAUGACACCCCAUGGGAUGGAGGUACUUUCAAACUCUCACUGCAGUUCUCUGAAGAUUAUCCUAAUAAGCCGCCAACAGUUCGUUUUGUGUCACGGAUGUUCCAUCCAAAUAUUUAUGCUGAUGGGAGUAUAUGCUUGGACAUUCUCCAAAACCAGUGGAGUCCAAUAUAUGAUGUUGCUGCUAUCCUUACCUCCAUCCAGUCGUUGCUCUGUGACCCUAAUCCGAACUCUCCUGCAAACUCGGAAGCUGCUAGGAUGUACAGCGAAAGCAAGCGUGAGUACAACAGAAGAGUGCGUGAUGUUGUGGAGCAAAGCUGGACUGCUGACUAGUGUUUUAGUUGGUUGUAGGCUUUUGUAAACUCUUUCUCCUACUCUCUCAAUGUCACACCAUUCAGCAACAGCUUUCAACUUUAUCUUUUCAUUCUUGUCUUUUUGUGUUUUUUCCAAAACUCUGUAGUGAUUUGGAUGCUUUGAUUGGUUCUAUGAAACCUAUAACAUCCUUAUAAAACAACUUUGUACCAAACCUUAUGAAUUGUUCAUCUUUUUGUAUAUAUGUAUUAUAUAAGUUACCUUUUCA